GGAGGAAGGUGGUGUUGUUUAGGCUAUUCCCAUAGGCCAUAGCAAAAGCAUGACAUGAAAAAGCGUACAGGCAGUUCCAAACCCCCGACCCCGAAAUCCCGCCCCGUCCCGUUUCUCAUUUUCCCCUUACCACCGUCUCACCACCGUGUGGUCCCCACCCCACGUGUCGCCUAACCAUUGCAUCAUCUCUCCACGUGUCGCCCUAUUAACGGCGCCGCUUGGUCCUUUAUAUGCCACCUAACCGCCACCACUCUCUGCAGCCUCACCACUUCUCCUAAACCCCCUCCUCCCUCCUCUCCCCAAUUCCUCCAUCACCAAAUUCCCCUUCAAAUUCUACCAUGGAAAGCACGGACUCUUCCUCCGGCUCCGGCCACCCUCAGCUCCCUCCCGGCUUCCGGUUCCACCCGACGGACGAGGAGCUCGUCGUCCACUACCUGAAAAAGAAGGCCGCUUCCGUUCCGCUUCCCGUCACCAUCAUCGCGGAGAUCGACUUGUACAAGUUCGAUCCAUGGGAGCUACCCAGUAAGGCGACGUUUGGGGAGCAGGAGUGGUAUUUUUUCAGUCCCAGAGACCGGAAGUACCCCAACGGAGCUAGGCCGAACAGAGCGGCGACCUCAGGGUAUUGGAAGGCCACCGGAACUGACAAGCCGAUUCUGACCUCGAACGGUAGCCAAAAGGUCGGCGUCAAGAAAGCUCUGGUUUUCUACGGCGGGAAACCACCGAAAGGAAUCAAAACCAAUUGGAUUAUGCACGAGUAUCGCCUCAUAAACGACGAAAAUUCCAGCGCCGCCCUCAAGCCUCCUGAUCCGACCAACAAAAAAGCCUCCUUAAGGCUGGAUGACUGGGUUUUGUGCCGGAUUUACAAGAAGAACAACGCGCAGAGGCCUAUGAUGGAGUGUGAUCAUCAUCUUCACAAGGAGGACUCUACUACCAACUCCAUGGAGGGUAUUUUCGUCCAGUCAAUGACGAAGCCGUCGCCGCCGAAGGCCGCCACCAACUACACGGCGUUGCUGGAAAACGACGAGGAGGACAAUUUCUUCGACGGGAUAUUAUCGAGUGAAGGCGUGCAAAACAGUAGUCAUUCCAACCUCUCCCAUCAAUUCAUGUCGAGCUCCAAAAGCGACGUCGUAGUAAUGCCCGUGAACAACAACAACUCGAAACAUCAACUUCCGUCGCCGUUUUGGAACGAAGCGGGGGGAUCAUCAUCGAUGGGGACUAAUAAUUCAUUGUCGAGCAAGAGGUUUCAUACUGAUCUCAACAGCGGUGGUGGCAGCGGAGGUGGGGUUGAUGAAAACAACGCCUCCUUUGUUUCUAUGCUCAAUCAAAACGCGGCGUUUCACCAUAACUCGCUUCUUGGUUCGCUUGGGGAUGGGGUUUUGCGCCCACACUUUCAUCUUCCCAGUAUGAACUGGAACUCAUAAGACUUAUUCAGAAACACAGAAUCUAUUGAUGAUAUCAUCUAGCAUAGUAGAUAUAAUCUCAUUGGAGUGUAACUAUAGCACAAAGAAAAUACGGGUCAUGAGGUCUAUUUCACUCU